UAGAAAGUCAACACCCCCUAAUAACCAAAAAUCGUAUGCAUGUCCCUACUAAUAACCCCCUAGUCAUACAUAAACAACAAAUUGUCAACGGUUUUGAUUGCAUGUAAAAACCAGUACUAUUAGGAAUUUAGAAUAUAUAAAUCUAGAAAUUCAAAAACCAUUUUCCCCCAAAACCAGCCACUGUUAAGGUUACACGUGUCUCUCGCGCCUUGGUUCCUCCUAUAAAUACACCCUUUCAUUCUUUCCUUAAUUCCCCACAACACCAUCUCAUAAUUAAUUCUCCCCUAUUUUCUCUUUUAAUUCUUAUAAGAGAAUUUCACGUGACAAAUAAUUUUUUUGCAAUAGUAUUUAUUUAUUUAUUUUAAUCUCCUUUGUCCAAUUUGCAUGUGCUGGAGUAUGUCUCCUUCAUUAAUGGCAAUGUCGACAGAGCAACAAAAUACUUAUAACCAAUCACUGGAGACCAUGUACCAGAAAGGCGUCAAGAACAUGUACGACAACGGGAUCGAACACGUCCCCGUAAAGUACAUACUCCCCGCCGCCGAGCGCCCGAACGCCAACGCCGCCAACUCCGUGCCCGAGGUCAAUCUUGAGCUUCCCGUGAUCGACCUGGCCGAGUUGCAAGGUCCAAACCGGUCGCAAGUCCUCGAAUCUCUCGCCUACGCCUGCCAGAACUUUGGAUUUUUCCAGCUAGUGAACCACGGCAUUUCCGAGGAGGUCACGAGCAAUAUGGUGGACGUGGGUAAAAGAUUCUUCGAGAUGCCAUUCGCCGAGAGAGAGAAGUAUAUGUCGGCGGAUAUGAGCUCGCCGGUAAGAUAUGGGACGAGCUUCAAUCAGACAAACGACGGUGUUUUUUGCUGGAGGGAUUUUCUCAAAUUGGUCUGUCACCCUCUUCCCGAUGUCCUCCCUCUUUGGCCCACUUCCCCACUCGACUUUAGGCAAUUGGGAGUAACAUAUGCAAAAGAAACAAGAAGUUUGUUCAUGAUGGUGGUGGAGGCCAUACUAGAGAGCCUAGGGCUAAAGACCGACACAGACAAGAAGACAGAAAAAUAUGAAGAUGUUGAUGAGGUUGUAGGAAUAAAAAAUGAAAUAGAGAAUGGCAGCCAGCUAAUGGUUGUCAAUUGCUACCCGGCAUGCCCGCAACCCGAUUUGACGCUCGGAAUGCCGCCUCAUUCCGAUUACGGUUUCCUCACUCUACUCCUUCAAGACGACGUCAAGGGCUUGCAGAUCCAGCACCGGAAUAAAUGGGUCACCGUUCAGCCCAUACCCGGUUCCUUCGUCGUCAAUGUUGGUGACCACCUCGAGAUAUUCAGCAACGGAAGGUACAAGAGUGUGUUGCAUAGAGUACUAGUGAACUCAACCAAGCAUAGGAUUUCAGUUGCUUCUUUGCACAGUCUACCUUUUACAAGCACUGUGAGACCAUCACCAAAGCUGAUUACUCACACAAACCCAAGGCUUUAUAAAGACACAAAUUUUGCUGAUUUUGUUGCCUACCUAAAAACUUGUGAUUCCAAGAAGAAAAACUUCCUUGAGUCCAGGAAAAUUGAACAAACCCAAUAAUAUAAUAAAAUAAUAUAAAUAUAUAUAAUUAAUGAAAAAAAAAAAAAAAAAAAGGAUGUGGACUUUUUGCAUUUUGACUUUAUUAUUUUUGUGUUUUUGCUGCGUCAUCAAUUAUGUAGAAAUUAUUGGUUUGUUGGUGUGUGAAGUGCAUGCAUCAGUUGACAUGCAACGAUUACAUUAAUUAAAUGUAGUUAAGAAGUAUAUAGGGAUUAUUAUACUGUAAUUAGAGCCUCCGUGGGGUUGAUUUAAAUUGUAUUUCUUGAUGUUUAAUAUUUAUAUUGAUAAUAACAAUAUAUUAUAUU